UUAUUCAGGUUCACAUGCAACAUUGUUGCGGCUAAACAGGAACGAAACAAAUUUAAAAAAAUGUUCUUCAGUUCACUAACGACUCUUAAUCGUCUCAUGGUACCCAAGAUUUAUUAAUAAGUAAUUUGAUGUAAGAGAUUUCAGAGAUCAACAAGUUAAAGACUAACUACAGUUGAAGAAAAGUGCUGAGUCUUUACAUUUCCACAUUAGCAGUACACGUGAUCCUCACCAGACAGGCUUUAAUCCAAAGGUCUGAGAAGAGUGUGCUAUAAUUACGCGGAAUUGAGAUGAUCUACAUAUUCACAUAGUUGAUGGCUUGUUUGUUCACAUUGGCAGGAAUGAUGGCAGGGUGUAAGUCAUGGCGUUGCGUGUGGUAUGCGCUCUUGCUGCUGUUCGUCAUUGUUAUUGGGCUGCUCUGCUACACCCCAUCGUUUCGAUGUCUGACUCAAGAAAACGAAGAGGCCACUGUCCGGAACCCUGCAGACCACCCCGUCUUGUUGCUCAUCUGGCUCUGGCCCUUUAACCAGACCUUUGACCUUGAGUGCUGCAACUCUCGCUUCAACGUUCCUAGCUGUGUCUUAACAGACGACCGGGAUUCUGUAGGCAAAGCUGAUGCUGUCCUCAUCCACCACAGGGACGUCGCAUGGGAUGCGUCGAAUCUCCCGCAGGUUCCUCGGCCGCUCCAGCAGAAGUGGAUCUGGAUGAAUUUUGAGUCACCCUCCAACACAGCCCGGAUCCCUGGUCUCAACAACAUGUUUAACAUCUCACUGACUUACCGUAAAGACGCUGACAUCAGCGUGCCUUAUGGCUCUCUGGUUCCAGUUGACCGCCGGUUUGAAGCCUUUGUUGACUUUGUACCUUUUGAAAAGGACAAACUCGUCUGCUGGAUUGUCAGCAAUUAUCGUCCGGAGCACAGAAGGGUACAGUACUACAAGCAGCUCCGCAAAUACGUCCAGAUCCAUGUCUAUGGUGACUUGUUCGAGAAGCGUGUCUCCGACGAGGAGUACAAGGACAUUGUCUCAAGCUGCAAGUUCUACCUGUCUUUUGAGAACUCCGUGCACAAGGAUUACAUCACAGAGAAACUGUUCAACGCCCUGGAUCUGGGGGCUGUCCCCAUAGUGUUUGGGCCAUCCAGGCGGAACUACGAGCGAUUUGUUCCCGGGGACGCCUUCAUCCAUGUGGACGACUUCCCUUCCAUGAAGGCUCUGGCUAAACACCUGUUUCUUCUGAACCACAAUGAAGCCUUAUAUCUCAGGUACUUCAGGUGGAGGAGGCGUUUUCGGGUGAAGAUGUCCACCUUCCCAGAGGAAAACGUGUGCCAGGCUUGCGAGUACAUCCAGAGGAACAGGCAGUACCAGGUUCUUACAAAUCUCUACCAGUGGUUCUGGGAUACGAGCGAAGGACUUGACAUGCCACCAUCCUUCUACUAACAUGGACACACCUUUAGACUUGUUCGGUUUCUCUUUUUCUCAAUACCAACUUGGUCUGAUUGCUCAGGUAAUUAAUUAAAUCUGUAUGUGCAAUCAAUUAAUAAUUUCUCCAUCCGAUCUAAAAAAAACGGAAUGUUAUGAAUUGAUUAGCAAUGACUGAUUGAUUUAUUUAUUUAUUACAAGCCAACACUCAUCUUGUUUACCCUCUUGUUUAAAGUUUAAUUGUAACAGAGAUUGGUUUUGAAGCAGAAAUGUAAUAAAAAAAUGUAAAUGA